UACCAACAACCCACGUAUUAUUUUCAAUUGAGAGCGUGAAUUUCACACCAUCCUAACAGCGCGUGAGAUUCUCAUUUCUCGAUCACUCCAGUUCCCGAAGAAAACACCUAUCAAUCUGAUUCGUCGACUCAUUUCUACGCUACUUUUCUCUCUUCAAUUUGGUCCCUCAAUUCAUCCAAUUUCGUGCCCAAACACAACCCUAAUUUCCCUCCAUUCUCUAAUCCCCAAUUUUAUUCCUAGAUCUUAGAUGGGAUAAAGCCUAAAAAAAUUCCCAUGCGGGUGAAAAUCGUAGCUUCAUGUUCUCCUCUCAUUAUUUAAUUACUUAAUUUACUGUAUAAUUAUGGCUUGAAUCUGUUGUUAAAGAACAUUGUUUUUAUUCUUUUAAUUCUAUGGUCACUGGUUUUUUAUGUUAUCAGAUAAGACUUGGUAUCUCGAAAAGACCCAUUACAUCGAUCUAGACUUCAACUCUUUUUUUUCCCAAGUUUGCAAAUGGCAAAAGGUAGCAAAGGACGACGUGGAAUUGCUUUCCGGCAAGUCCGGCCAACCCCGUACUCAUUUACCUCACGUAAUGAAAACAUUUCAGGGGAUUUGUACCCAAAAAAAUGUUCCAAAGCUUUGGGUAAGAAUGAUUGGGAAGACGCGACUUGUUCUGUUUGUAUGGAGUGCCCUCACAAUGCCGUGCUUCUUCUCUGCUCGUCCCAUGACAAUGGUUGCCGUCCUUACAUGUGUGGAACUAGCUUCCGAUACUCGAACUGUCUCGAUCAAUACAAAAAGUUCUACACUAAAGUAGUCUCAUCCAAUGAGGAAGAACCUUUGUUUAGUUCCAUUGAUACUCCGGUCUUGGCACCAGGUUCUGGCUGGCCAGUCGAGAAGUGUGAAGUAACAGAACUCGCGUGUCCACUUUGUAGGGGUCAAGUGAAAGGAUGGACAGUAGUGGAACCUGCAAGGGAAUAUCUAAAUUCUAAAAAGAGAAGCUGCAUGCAGGAUGACUGCACUUUCAUCGGGACUUUUAAAGAACUAAGGAAACACAUGAGAUUGGAUCAUCCGUGUGCUCAACCACGAGAGGUGGACCCUACUCUCGAACAAAAAUGGAGUAGGCUUGUACGGGAACGGGAACGGGAUGAUGUGAUCAGCACCAUAAGGUCAACAAUGCCAGGGUCAAUGGUUUAUGGUGAUUAUGUAAUAGAAGGAAAUAACCAUGGUUUCGAGACAGAUGAAGAAGAGGAUGGUCAGAAUGGAGGUUUCGAAGCAAGUUUGGAUAGUAAUUUCGUGAAUUUCUUUCUUCUGCUGCAUGCAUUCGGGUCAUCCGGGAACGACCUUGGUAGUAUACGACCAAGGCAGCCUACACAUGCAGCUGAUGAGAAUGCUGAAUCCAUCAAUUUAUCUGAUCAAGAUGAUGACGACAAUGAUGAUGAUGAUGAUGAUGGAGGCAAUAUUGCUUUGGGUAGCAGCCUCUGCCGACGUUCAGGCAAUAGACAAACAGGAAGGUAACAUAACUGGAUAGUUAGGCAAAAACUUAGGUAAAAAAGAAAACACAUAAAAAAAUAAUACACUUUGAGUUUCCACUCAUUUACAUGUCAUUCAAUUUAGGGUGAAAUAUAAAAUAUAUCAUAUGGUUGGCUUUGACUUUGACUUUGUUGUAUGUAUAUACAUUUCAAUGUACCCCCAGUCUCUUUGUGUUUGCUGAAUUUGUGCUCUGUAAACUUGUAAUUAAGUUCAGUUCUGUUAAUCAUGGACCCUGUAUAGUCUUGUGCUUAUAAAUAUUAUUGUUGAAUGA